UGGAAUGAUGAGUCAAUCCUCUUCUUCUCAUCCCAAGCAUGAAAAUUCCAUGCCAAAGGAGGGAGGAAACUAUGACAUAGGGGAGUUGGAUCAAUCUCUUUUCUUGUAUUUUGAUGGGCAUGAUAAUCCAUCAGUUGAUCAAGAGCAUAAGCAGACUCUUAACAUUUUCCCUUCUGAGCCCAUGAAUAUAGAACCAUCAACCAAGGUUGAUCUUGGUUUACUCCCUUCAACAAGCAAUUCUAAUUCUCAGAGAUAUAAUAUUGAACAACCAAUGGAGCGUGAUAAUCCAAGAGCCGUUUCAUCUUUGGCUGGAAAAGGGAAAGAUAUUAAAACUUCACUAAAAAAUGAAGAAAAGAACAAGAGCAUAAUAGCAAGUUCAGAUCAAGAAGGGCCUAAAACCCCAGAUGCCAAAACUUUGAGAAGGCUUGCUCAAAAUAGAGAAGCAGCAAGAAAAAGCAGGCUAAGGAAGAAAGCUUAUAUUCAACAACUUGAAAAUAGCAGGAUCAAGCUACUCCACCUAGAACAAGAACUCCAAAGUACAAGAACUCAGGGCAUGCUCAUCAGUGGAGUAAACCAAAACCUUCCUCCAAACCCAAAUGGGCUCACCUCAAAUGCAGUUGCAUUCAACAUGGAGUAUGAGAGAUGGAAGGAGGAGCAUCAUCAGAUGACGUGUGAGCUGCAGGCUGCAGUUCAAGAGAACCUCCCUGAAAGUGAGCUUAGGGCUUAUGUUGACAAAUAUUUGGGUCAUUAUGAGAAGAUGAUGAAGCUCAAGAGCGUGAUUGUGAAGCUUGAUGUGUUUCAUAUAGUUUCUGGGAUGUGGGUUUCUCCUGCGGAGCGCUGCUUCUUGUGGAUUGGAGGGUUUAGGCCUUCUCAGAUUCUCAAGAUUGUAUCAAGACACAUUGAGCUAUUAUCAGAGCAGCAACUCUUGGGAAUCUGCAGUCUGCAGCAGUCAGCACAGGAGACAGAAGAAGCACUGAGCCAAGGGCUUGCAACCCUUAACCGGUCAUUGACGGAGACUGUCGUCUCCGAUGCUCUGAGCUUCUCCUCCGACAUUGCCGGCUACAUGGGUCAGAUGUACUCGGUUGCCAUCAACAAGCUCAACAACCUUGAAGCUUUUGUUAUACAAGCAGACAACCUGAGGCAGCACACAAUCCACAGGCUUCACCAGAUACUAAGUGGUAGACAAGCUGCGUUGUGCUUCUUGGCGAUGGAAGACUACUUUCAUCGUCUUCGAGCCCUCAGCUCACUGUGGAUGGCUCGUCCAAGAAACUUUUAGACGUCGAAAAGAUUUGUAGAGAGAUGUACAGAUGCUGUCAGUUCUUUCUUGAGGAAAUUUUGUAGAUUAGAAACCAAUGACAGUUACAGAAGAAAAUACUGAAUACAUUUUUGCUGAUUGCAUGUUACUUUAAAGGGAAUUAAGGUCAUAGAGGAUCCCUUGAAGAAAAUCAUAUAAGAGGAAGGAUAAAUAACGUGUAGACUUUAAAAUCGAUGAUUAUCGCAUCGAUACGAUUGUCUGUUUUAUUGAUUCGUAGGGAACUUAUUUCGAUCUUACUUCUUACAUCAUUUGUUGCAUCAAACACAAUAAGGGAAAGAAGAAAAAAAGAAGAAAAAAGACAUUUCAUCAGAAGGACAACUGUCUUCACUUGAAUACAGUGGUUGGCAGCGAUAAUCGUUUAACUGCAGUUCAAUUAGUACAGCCAAUAAUGUGCUGAUUUAGUAAUUAUAAUAUAUGGGUUAAACUUCAUGGAAUGUCAUGUAUCAUUCUCUCUUUUCUUCCCAUACAGUAUUUUCCUUUAUUGCCUAAUCAAA